GAGCGAGGCCGGCGGGGAGCGGAGAUCUGAGACACUAUGCCAGGGAAACGCCCUGCCAAGAAGAGCCUGGUGCCAGAAGAUGAAUCUCCUGGAAGGAAGAAGGUUAAAGUCUGCCACCCUUCCCACCGGACACAGCCUGGCCUGGUGCUCACCCUGGGGCAGGGAGAUGUUGGUCAGUUGGGGCUGGGGGAGGACGUGAUGGAGAGGAAGAAACCAGCCCUGGUGCCACUGCCAGAGAUGAUGGUGCAGGUGGAAGCUGGAGGGAUGCACACGGUGUGUCUCAGCCAGACAGGAAAGAUCUACACCUUUGGCUGCAACGAUGAGGGCGCCCUUGGGCGUGACACCUCAGCAGAAGGCUCAGAGACCACCCCGGGGCUGGUGGAGCUGCAGGAGAAGGUGCUGCAGGUCUCUGCAGGGGACAGUCACACUGCUGCACUGACAGAGGAUGGCAGGGUGUUUGUCUGGGGCUCUUUCCGGGACAACAAUGGGGUGAUUGGUUUGGUGGAGCCCAUGAAGACAAGCUCUGUUCCUGUGCUGCUCCAGCUCAGUGCACCUGUUGUUAAAAUUGUCUCAGGGAAUGACCACUUGGUGAUGCUGACAGUGGAUGGUGACCUGUUCACGUGUGGCUGUGGCGAGCAGGGCCAGCUGGGCCGGGUGCCGGCGCUUUUCACCAACCGCGGGGGAAGGAAGGGGCUGCAGCGCCUGCUGGUUCCCCAGCGCGUCCCAGUCAGAGGCAAAGGCAACAGAAGCAAAGUCCGUUUCCAGGACGCCUUCUGUGGGGCUUAUGUCACCUUUGCUGUCACCCAGGAGGGACACAUCUAUGGAUUUGGCCUCUCCAACUACCACCAGCUGGGGACCCAGGGCACCGAGUCCUGCUUCUCCCCCCAGAACCUGACGUGCUUCAAGAACUCCACUAAGUCCUGGGUCGGGUUUUCUGGUGGGCAGCACCACACGUUGUGCGUCGACUCAGAGGGUAAAGCCUACAGCCUGGGGAGGGCAGAGUACGGCCGGCUGGGGCUGGGGGCGGGGGCAGAGGAGAAGAGCACGCCCACCCUCAUCCCGGAGCUCCCCAGCAUCAGCUCGGUGGCCUGCGGAGCAUCGGUGGGAUACGCAGUCAGCAGCGAUGGACGAGCGUUUGCCUGGGGCAUGGGCACCAACUACCAGCUGGGCACAGGAGAGGAUGAGGACGUCCUGAGCCCUGUGGAGAUGACGGGGAAGCAGCUGGAGAACCGGCUGGUCCUGGCGGUGUCCAGCGGCGGCCAACACACGGUGCUGCUGGUCAGGGACAAGGAGCAGAGUUGAUGAAGCAGCACAGCCGAGCCCAGUGGGAUGCAGGACCCGUGCACACACCCCUUCCCCUCCCCCACCUUCCACCACCAGUUUCCAGCUCUGCUCUCCCAGGAAUGGCUGUGGGGAGAGUGGGAAGCUCCCGGAGCCGGGCCCGGUGGCGGCUGCGUGGCUGGAGCAGGGACUCUCCAGGGUUGCUCCCUGCAAGCUUGUGUCUGUCUUCCCGUGGUGCCUGGUGCUCUCUUGGCCCUCCCAGGUUGGCUUGGUCCUAAACUGAUCCCAGUGCUGUGCCUGGAGGGGUUUUCCACUUCUUCAUUGUUUGGUUUAUUUCAUAUUUCCUUGGCCUGGCAAAGCUGAGGGCUUUGUUCUUCACUGCACAAAAGGGUUUGGGCAUCAGGCUUUGAGGUCUCCAUGUUCUCCAUCUCUGGGUGCUCCUCCAUUCCCAUAACCUGAACAUCUUUCCAACUUGGAUUCGUCUGCUUCCACCCCCUGAACCUCUCUGGGUUCCCUCCAGGUGGGAUCUGUGUCCAAGCAGACACACUCCUGGAGAGGACCUAACGCUCCUCUUGGUGGCUGUGGUGGGAGAUGCUGCCUGUGAGGGGCAGUCACUGGACACGUGAGGGGGAAUCACUGGACAUGUGAGGGGGACAAUACCUGACCCACAGAUGUGGCUGCUGGAGAAGGGAAUCUCCUGCCUCCCCCCAUCCCCACUGAUGGAUCUGAGCCAAAAUCCCCCAGGGAGCAGGAGGACCUGUUCCCUCCUGCCUUGGAGCAGCCACCUCCAGCACAGCUUCUUGCAGUCCCAUUCCCUUGAGAAACCCAACAAAAUCCCAUCCUGUGGGUGAGGACUUGGUUGUUUUCAUUCAUUUCUGUUCCCUUUGCUGAGGAUGGAGCUUCAUUUGCUAUUGGGACCUCGCCGAGGAGACAGAACCAAAACCCAGUUUAUCCAUCUGGAAACAACAGGACUCCCACCUCUUUCCAGUUGCCUCCAAUCUGGAACCAGUUGGUUUUGCUCCCUGUGCCUGGCCUUUCCCAUCUUCUUCCCUGGCUGCCUCCCAGGUACCUGGACUGAGGAGGGGGUUUGGGAAGAUGAAAAUUUUAAUUUGUUAAGUUCGAGCAAUAGGGGGAAA